AUGAGACCGUGGGACGCUGUUGCGGGCUGGGGGAGGCCUCUGGGGCUGCUGUUAGUGCCCCUGCUGCUGUGGGCUGGCACAGCAGCCGGGUCCGAGGCCACUCCAGCACAGAGCCGGGACGUGGUCCCGCAGCUCGUGAACGUGAACCUUGACGAUGAUCCUGAGCAACGCUGGAUGCCCGUUCUCCAGCGCUUCGACCUAGUCACCCUGAGGGAGGACGUGAAAAAUGCGGUCAAGGAACAAAUCCCGAGGUGGGUUUACGUUGUGAUUAAGGAGAUAAUCAAUGAUUUGGAUGGAUUGCUGCUUGAGCCCUAUACCCAUGAGAUUCGGGGAAUAUGCAAUGCACUAAACAUAAGUUUUGUAGAUGGCAUUCUCUUCAAUCUCGUCUAUGAAUCAAGUGUAUUCUGUACCAGUAUUGUAGCUCAAGAUACCAACGGCCGCAUUUACCAUGCCCGGAAUCUGGAUUAUGAGCCUGGAGAGGGCUUACGCAAUUUUACAGUGGAUGUCCAGUUCAUAAAAAAUGGGCAGAUUGCCUACACAGGAACAACAUUUGUUGGCUAUGUGGGCAUAUGGACUGGACAAAGUCCACAUAAGUUUACAAUUUCUGGCAAUCAACGAGACAAAGGUUUAUGGUGGGAGAAUGCAGUGGCUGCUCUUGUCAAAAGACAUCUUCCCAUCAGCUGGGUUUUCAGGAAUACCCUAGAAGAAGCCCAGAACUUUGAUGAUGCUGUUCGAAGACUGUCAGAGACACCCCUUAUUACAAAUGUUUAUUGUAUCAUUGGAGGCGUGUCUGACCGGGAGGGGUUAGUCAUCUCAAGGAACAGAGAUGGACCAGUGGACAUGUGGCUUCUUAAUCCGGAGAGAGAGUGGUUCCUAGUGCAGACUAACUGUGACCACUGGAUGCCAUGCCCUCCACGUGAUUACAGAAGAAUACCUGCCAUGAAGACUGUGAAUGAAACUGGACAGGCAAAUAUCAACUUGGAUAAACUUUAUGAGAUUUUGUCCAUAUGUCCAAUUCUGAAUCACAAAACAGUUUAUACAACAGUCAUGAGUGCAGCAGAGCCAGACAAGUACACAACUCGAAUCAGAAACCCAAAUGAAAAUUGUGAGUAA